GUUCACGAAGUGGCGGUGGUGUAUUGGAGCUGAUUAUUUUCCUUUCAAGACAUUAAGAGUGAUCCUACAGUGAGAUUAUGAUUGGCACAAUUGAAUGUUAAAAAUUGUUCUCUUCUAUGGGAAAUAAUUUAUCUUCGUCAGAUAUAUGAAGUGUUAAAAUUGAGUCAUUCAGUUACAUAUACUGGGCAUUUAUAUAGUUGACAUAUAAGCUGUGAAUUAUAUGGUAUCUGUUGGGGAAACAGAAAACUCUGAGGUUAAGACAGUGUAAAUUGUUUAAAAUCAGGAUGUGUAAUGAUAAUAGAUUAAUACAUUUAUAAUUGAAUACUGGAACGGUUUCUCAAAUACAUUCAACAAUGCGUCUAGCAAUAUAAAUGCUGAUGUUCCAAAAACCAACAAAAAAUCGAAUAAAGAUAGCAUGUAAACCGUGUUUACAAUCGAUCAGCGACACUAGGAAAAUGCUCCAGGUAUAUCACAUGAGGAUUGCGAAGAAAAAACUGCAAAGCACACUUCGAAGCUAAAAUGGGUGAUUAUUACAUGGAUGCCGUUCUCAAAUCGGUUAACAACCUGACGAUGCAAAAUCCUCAGGUAAUAAACAUUACAAACAUGACAAUAAGUGAGGCAUCAUUGAAUUUGACAUACGACUUUUACGAUGACUUAUGUCAAAAUAAUAUGCAAAGUAUAAAAGAAGGUCUGCCAGGAUAUACACUAUGUAUGCACACUCUUCUUCCUAUUAUAUGCAUGUUUGGGAUCAUCGGAAUUAUCUUGACACUUACUGUGUUGAUUAAAAAAAGCAUGUCAACAUCGACAAAUAAUUAUCUUAUAUCUCAAGCAGUGGCUGACCUGCUGUUCUUGGUAGUUAUAGGCGUGCGAAUCUUCGAUACGCGACUAGAACGGGUUACCCACCAUUACUACCUGGUGAUAAUGACCUAUGGAAACAUUUUCAUUAACAUUUUCCUUUUCGCAUCAGUGUGGCUGACCGUUAUGUUGACAGUGGAACGAUACAUUGCCAUUUGUCACCCACUUCGUGCAAUGACAAUAUGUACAGUAGUACGGGCUCGGAUUAUCAUUAUAUCUAUCAUCGCCAUUGCAACGCUGUAUCAUGUCGUUUGGAUAUUUCGAUAUAAAGUUGAGUUUCACUGGGACCCAUGUGUACAAAGGGAAUUGCCAGCAAUAAUCAUCACAAACCUAGGGCUAAAUAAGGAGUUUCGACACGUUUCCAGCUGGGCGGACUGUUGUCUUUUUGCAAUAGCACCGGUCAUAUUGGUUCUUGUCUUAAACAUUUUACUGAUAUUAGAAAUACAUCGUUCCACAAAGUAUUUGCAGCACCACAUGGCGAACGACUCCAACGUACGGACAAUCAUCUCUAAGGAGGAAAUGAGAAUCACCCGAAUGCUAAUUAUGGUUGUGAUUGUGUCCGGUGUGUGCCAAGGGCCGUACAUUGUUCUGAACAUUUAUAAGAGACUUUUUCUGGACGUCUUUUCCCCGCUUUUCAACAAAAUGACUUAUGCGACCAUAUUGUUUCUAGUUCUGAGGUCCUCGUUUAACUUCAUCAUAUACUGUUGGUUCAGCGAGAAGUUUUGGAGCACGUUAAAGCGGAGCUUCUGUGUAGGGAAAUGCAAAAAAGGCUGGUUUCCGAAUAUCUGGAAUAAUAAAGAACAUGGACAAAGUAAUAACAAUCGCAAUGUCUCGAUCAUCCAUACAAAGGAAACGACGUGUUAGAACUGGGACGAUGUGAAGUAUAUGUUAGACAGUUAUAGUGUUUGACAACAAGAAAUUACGUUGUUUCUCUAUCAGCAAAUAAUAAAAACAAAAGUAAGAUUAUUAAACAAAUAUACAUAACCAAUUGUUUAUGUUAAUUGUAUGAAACGCAAAUAAUAGUGUAAAAUUGAAAAAAAGCCUUUGACUUUUAGAUGUCGACUCAUUAUUUUGAUUUUGCAAGUGUGCCAGUUAUAAUGUACAUUGUUGUGAUAAUCGGAUUCUAUAGGUUGUUUAUAUCUUAUUCUUAUGAUUUGUCUUAAUUUUGCCUCGUGAUGUUUUGUUGUAAAUACUUGUUGGGUUCUUUAUAUAUGACAAAAUAUGUACAAAAUGUUCCAUCGCAUAUUGUCAAUACUAAUUAAAUAUAUUUAAAUAGACAGUAUAUAUGUCAUAUGAAGUCAGACCAAGCGAUACAGUUAUAUAAUUUUUGUUCACACAUAUUUUUGCCCAGGCAUCCUUUAGUCGGAAAGGGUCUUUCGAAAAGUUCGCUUAUUUUGUAGUUGCAUCUUGUCAAUAAAUGACUAAGUUGGUCAAUAAAUGAUUUUUAAGUUUGGACGAAUAACCUUAGAUUAACUGUAUGGUCUAGCACAUUACAUCUUUAACACAGGUCACAUGAUAACUAAUGUCCAGUGAUGCGUUGUUAUUACUGUACAAUCCCAACAUAAUGCAAUUGCCCUCCUGCAUGCACAGACGAAUCUGUAAGUUGUUGUUUUUAAAUAAUAUAAACUAUGUUUUGUUUGUUAAUGCUAUAAUACAUUUAACUUAUAUUAUGAAGACACGACAGGUUAAAACAAAUCCCAAAUGAUAUCAAUCAAUUUUACCUAUGUUGCCAAAAUAUGAAAGUUUGUUUACACGCGUAACGGAAAUCAAAUACAUUUCAAUUCUCAAUUUACUACUGUCACUGAAGUGUUAAAAAAUAAGUUGUCGUACCCAUUUAAAAGUUAGUUAACAUAUGACUAAAUAUAUAACAUCUAGAAUGAUUUACUUAUAUAUAAUAACAUUUCCCAGCAAUAACAGUGUUUUAAUGAAUUGAACCAUGAACCAUCUAUAAAUGGACGCAUGCACAUAAUGUAUUUGGUUUUUCAUAAGACAAAAAGCAGAUUUGUACCGUGUGUGUUUUCUUGAAAAAAUUAUAGCAAUAAGUCUACAUCA